AUGUAGACAGAAGACACAUCCCAGACAGGAAACGGGCAGGAAGAGAAGAAGGAAGACAUGCGGCAAAGAUCCGAAGAUUUGCUUCUCUUGGCUUAAUCUUCGGCGGUUUAAGAAGUUUAAACUAUAGUUAAUGGUAUGACAAGGAGAUGCCCGGCCAAUUGAGAGAGAAUGGUGGAGGCUAAAUAAAUCCAGAAGAACCCUGGAUCUUCGUUGAAGGAGCGAACAGAGAGAGGCUGAGGGAGAAAACAAAGCUGAGAAAAAACCUCUCAACACAUCAACUCCAGAGGAGAGAAAACCUUUUUAAAGCUCAGUCCAGACAGGAUCUGCUUUUAAUGUUCCUGCUGAAACAAACAGGCGGAGAGAAAAGCCUAAAGAGAGAGCAAAAGAGGUCUGUUGGGCAUAGGAAAGGAAGGAGGAAUGAAAUACAGUAGGAAGGAUGGAAAGUAAGGGCAGAAGGGCUAGAGAUAGGAUGCAAUGAAAAAAGGAGAAACAGAAAAAGGAAAGAAAGAAGGGAUUGACACAAAGUUAACAGUGAGGGACGAAGGACAACAUUUAGACAAUGGGAUAAGGAAAAUAAAGUAUGCAAAUGUAAAUAUUUCUCCUUACCCUUAUUUUCCUUUUCCGUUCCUAGCCAGACCUGGAAAAUAGUGAAAUCAAAUUCCAGGCUUUUCCAGAAUUUCCCUGACUGUAUAGGAACCUCGGAUUAGAUUAUUUUUUCCAGACAGCCUUACUAAAACAGCAGCAGUGGAUACAUCAUAAAGUCUAAACUUUAAAAUAUCCUCAAAUAUGUAGAAGACAUACUCAGGUGGAGCGAGGAUGUCUGAUACGAUGAAGGUUGAAGUAGAAAACCUUGGAGGGUUCAGUCUGGAGCUCCCCAUACCUACAGCAUCCACAUCACAAGUGGAGCAGACACCAGACAGGAAGGAUCUCACAUUACUUGAAGAUGCCCAACAGCAGACUGUAAUCAAGGAAGAGGUUUCCUGGAACACUAAUUUGGACCAGCACAGUGCAGAAGUGGUUCAGAUAAAACAGGAAAAGGAGGAACUUUGGAUCAGUCAGGAGGAAAAGCAGGUUAAUGAGGAACUGGAGACGGAUGUCAAUGAAUUCCCCUUUACAGUUGUUACUGUGAAAAGUGAAGAUGAAGAAAAACCUCAGUUCUCAAAGCUUCUUCAAAUCAAACCUGAAGACAGCAGAGAACCAGAACUUCCAACCAGAAGGUCAAUCGAACCGAUAAAAACAGAACCUGAUGAAGAGGACUAUGGAGGACCAGAAUCCGCUAAAUAUUCAGAUCAGCCUGGUCAUGCACAGCCAAAGACAGAUGAAAUGGCUUUAGACUCGCCCAACUCUGUUAAAACAGAAGCAAGUGAUGAUGAAUACUGGCAGAAAUCUUCUGAUUCUGAACUUGAAACUAAAGAUGAAGACUAUGAUCCAUGUGCACCAGUAUCAAGUGAAAAUGAUGAUGUUAGAGGAAACUUUGUAAAAAUGACGUUCAGCUGCUCUGUGUGCAAUAAGCAGUUUGAUUCAAAGUUCAAUCUAAAAACACACAUUCGAGUGCACACAGGAGAGAAACCUUUUGGCUGUGAAGACUGUGGGAAACGAUUUACCCAAAAUGCAAAUCUCCUCAGACACAGACUCAUCCACACAGGAGAGAAACCUUUUGUUUGUGAUGUUUGUGGUAAAAGAUUUAGUCAGAGUUCAGCACUCAAAACACACAUGACUGUCCACACAGGAGAGAAACCACUUAGCUGCUAUGUUUGUGGUAAAAGACUUGCUACAACCUCGAAUCUUAGAGCACACCUGAGCGUACAUACUGGGGAGAAACCAUUCAACUGUGAUGUGUGUGGUAAAAGAUUUAAUAAAAAAGCAAAUCUCCGGGCACAUUUAACACUCCAUACAGGAAAGAAACCGUUUAGCUGUCAUAUUUGUGAUAAAAGAUUUACUCAAAGUUCUAUUCUCAGGAGACACAUGGACAGCCACACAGGAGAAAGGCCAUAUAACUGUGAUGUUUGUGGUCAAAGAUUUAAUACAACUGAAAAUCUUGAGGAGCACAUGAACACCCACAUCAAACCAACUAGCUGUGACGUUUGUGGUAAAAUGUUUACUAAAACUGCAAAUCGUCUGGCACACAUGAGCACCCACACCGGAGAAAAACCAUUUGGCUGUGAUAUUUGUGCCAAACGAUUUACUCAGAAUUCAACGCUCAGGAGGCAUAUGAAUGUCCACACAGGAGAGAAGCUGUUUGGCUGCAGUGUUUGCGGUAAAAGGUUUACUCAAAACUCAACUCUCAGUCGACACAUGAGUGUCCACCCAGGGGAAAAGCAAUUUAGCUGUGACGUUUGUAGUCAAAGAUUUGGUACAACAGCAGAUCUCAGAGCACACAUGAGUACCCACGAAGGAGAAAAACCAUAUAGCUGCAAUAACUGUGGCAAAAGAUUUAUUCGAAUUGCAAACAUGAAGAAACACACGUGCAUCCAAAGAGAGAAACUGUCAAUUUCAUGAUCAGGAUGCUGUUUAACUCUUUACUUAAUGUUAAAUAUCCAGAUUUGGCCAAUGGUGUGCCAUUUCAAGUUUCUUAUGUACAAAAUAUAUUGAUUAUUUGUUUCCAGUAGUGAGGAAAAUACACUUGUUUGAGUUGAUGCAAUCUGAAUAGAGAAAUGCUACAAAACAUAUUUGCCCAAGAAGAUAAUCAGUCCCUGCUAUCAGACACCUCUUAUACUUUUAACUUGACACUGUUAACGUUUAUUUUGCUUUGGCAUCUAAAACCCUUAAACCAAAUCAAAUAAAGUGUCUUCUUUUUAAAAAAAAAUCUAUGAUAUUGAACUGGUGGAUACUAAUCUGUUUUCUACAAAAAUUCAGUCCUGUGCAGGGCUGUGAGCAUUAAUGGACUGUAGUCAUAUUUCUCAUUCUGAGAGUCAUAUAGCUUAGUAAAAAAAAAAAAAAGGGUAACACCAUCAAUUUACUUAAACAGUGAGAUGGUGUUCCGCAUUCAAACAGAUAAAGUCCUCCGGGCCUCUUUUUCUGAGUUUUUAUUCAAAUUGGCAACACUGGAUUUCAGUUUUAACCAAGCUAUUUCAGUGGAUAUAUAAAAAAGAUGCUUCAAAAAUGCUGGACUGCGUAUAUGCCAUUGUCUAUUUCUUUUUAUCUGAAUUGACAGAUGGCUGUUAGGCUGUUGAUUUUAAAUUUCCUCAGUAUAUGAAACUUCAUCUAUGGUUGCAAUCAGAAAUAUUUAAUCCCCUUACCACAAAAGCCACUUUACUGAUGUGAAUGAAGCAAAACAUAUUUAUCGAUGCAUGUAUAUUUACUUGUUAUUUUGGUUUGUGCAAGUGUAGUAUUGUUAAACCCUCAGGGUCUGUACUUUAAGAAGCAUCCUUUAGAUGCAUUGUGGUGCUGACAAGUAUCUUACACAUCUCGAUCUUGAUGAGAACCUUUGCUUUUCUUCUCAUGAAGAAAACCUUCUACUGUAGCUCAGUGGUGUUUGAUGGCACCCCUGCUUUAGCUGCCUCCUUCAAAUCCAACCAAAAAUAUAAAAUUGUUUUAUUCUGGUGAUUUAUAGGGACACUUGGAUUGUUUCAGGAUCUUCUUCUCAAUCAAGUGCUGGCUAACUUGGAGCUGUACCUGGGAUCAUUGUCUUGCAAUGAUCACCAAGUUUUAAUUGUUACCAGAAGGGAUACCAUGCUGAUAUCGCCUGGUAUUUGAUCAGGAUUGCCAAUUCAGUGACUGACCUUCAUGCUAGACCAUGGGGAUGGUAAUCUUCUGGUCAUGAGUUCAUUUGUUCACAGAACUGUGUCUCAAUGCUCUGAGGUCUUAUCCAAACCCCCUUGUCAUUUCAGUUCACUUUUAAUGUUCCUAGUGGUCAAGAAUAGAGUGCAUCAUUGGGUAUGGCCAUGAACCUGUUUAAUCUGGUUCCAGAAAGCUCGUGUACUAGCCUGCAUGCAGUCAUUCUUAAGAUGGAGCCAUACUACACAACUUUUCCAGUAUGUUCAGACUUUAAAAUGACUUGGAGUACACACUAAAAGAAUGGUUUCUGUAGAUUUUUGUAUGAAAGCUAAAGAAGUGGAGAACCUGCAAACACUAGUUUCCUUAAUGUAGUCAGAAAUAUAUUGAGAAAAAAACUGCAGCUGUGUUGUUUCAUCUUAACCUUCAUAAAAAGACCAGAUUGGUUCUAUAAUACCGAAGCUGGAUUUACUGGUUAUCCUGGCAGCACAAACCACUCUACCUUCUUUGAUUGGCACAAUUGUCAUUAUUUUUGGAUCAGUCCGAUGACCAUGAUGCGGUCUGCGAACUGAGAGACCUUGGCUGCUGGGUCUGUGGAGGUGCAGUCUAUGGUGUAAUGGGAAAAAAAAACGGUGGAGAGAGGACACAACCCUGAGGGGUGCUAGUGCUCCUGUCUGUCUGCCAGGAAGGCGGAAGGCAGGGGGCCGCCACAUAGAUAAAUCUAUCCAGGUUCAGCCACAGAAGAGGCAAACCCAAAUGCUUGUGGAGCAACAGAGAGGCUAGUCAUCAGUGUGAAAUACAUGUUCUUUUUCUUUUGAGUUUCCUUCUCAGCUCUUAACAGCUAUAUGUUCUUCACAGAAAAAAAAAAAAUUAAACCUUGUUGCAAAGGUCACAGACAAUCUGAUCAAUUAAAAGAUUCCCAGUGUCAGAAAUGAGUUUUCUCUAUGACUCCUGUAUUUUUUUUAUUCGUACAUACUUUACUGUUGGUGUCUUGUCUGUAAAGCUCAUAGGAUAUAAGCAUUUUUGUAUAAAUAAAGAUACGAAGGUGUAGAUUUUGUAUUUGAAAAUUCUUAACUCCUCCAAGAGAUCCAAAAGGUUUUUAAAAAAACACAGCUUCUGUUCGGUAUAUUUGUUAAAUUUCCAGUCAGGGGUUAAGGAGUUUUGAAGAAAAGCUACCAAAUGCUUUUGGUAGCUUCAGGUGACUGAAAGCUGCAGCUAAAGAAAACCUGCAGACACAUCUCUGAGUGGCAAACAAGGACUGUGAGUAAAAUAGUCUGAGAGGAAGUAAAGAUGUCCUGGAAGAGAAACCUUUUAUCAGAUUGCCCCCAGAGGGCUCAGUUUGAUGUCCCCCAAACCCGCAGCAUUUACAACAGAACUGGAGCAGACACCAGACAGGAAAGCUUUUAGUAAGUGACAGAUAUUUGUUUCUCUCUGUAAUUUAUUUUGGACAAAAAGCGAAUGUGGCUUCAGUUUAGUUGCUGUAAUGAUAAAUACUAUGGAGCAAAGUUAUUCUCAUCAAAGUCACAAAUUUAUAUUAAAUGUUUUACAACAAUCUGCACAUAAGUUUUAUUUAAUGCAAAUAUGGAUAAUUAUCCAAAUACAAAUGUAUGAGACUGAACACAUUUAUAACAACGUUUAAGUAACACAUUUUAAACAAAAUUCACCCUCUUAAAAAUAAAAAUGAUCAGCUGAGUGAUCAAAAAGGGUUGAUCUGAUGAUGUAAUUGGAUACUGCUAGGUAAAAGCCUGUCUCUCCUGUGUGGACUGUUCUGACGUUUUGUUGUUUUGCUUCUGUUUUACUGGUUUAUAUUAGCUACAUCGCUAAAGAGGUAUUUUUCUCAGCAUAAAUAAUUUUCACCCAAUUCAGGUGAUGUGGUUUCUCUCUGAUCUGAGUUUCUCUCUUCGGUUUCAGCCUCAGCAUCUGAAAAAUAUAUUUGCAUAAGCA